AUGGCCGACGGCAUGCUGUUCGUGAACACGCCGCUGUCGAUCGGCGCCGGGAUCGACGCGCGCAGCGGUGAGACCCGCUGGAUCUACAACCCGAAGAGCUACGAGGAAGGCACCACGACGAUGAGCCUGACCUGGAGCCAGCGGGGGGUCGGCUACUGGGAUCGGGAGGGGCCGGCGCAGGCGCGUGUCGUGUGGGGCACGGGCAACGGGUAUCUGGUCUGCGUCAUGGCGCAGACCGGGCGUCCCUGCGACGACUUCGGGGUCGCCGGGCGGGUCGACCUGAUGGAAGGCAUUCCACGGGCCGAUCGCGGGCGGCGCGACUGGCUCAACGCGCUGCUCUAUUCGGUGCAGUCACCGCCGUUCGUCGUGCGGGACACCAUCAUCACGCCGGCGUCGAUCUCCUCGUUCAACAAUACGAAAGAGGCGCCGCCGGGCUGGAUGCGCGGGUUCGAUGUGCGCACCGGCCGGGUGAACUGGGUGUUUCACACGAUUCCGCAGGGGGACGAGUUCGGCAAUGACACCUGGGCCGGCGACUCGUGGCGCGAGACCGGGAAGGUCGGCGUCUGGACCCAGAUGAGCUUCGACGAAGAGCUGGGGUAUCUGUACCUGCCGACCAAUACCGCCGCGCCCGACUACUACGGGGGCCAUCGUCUGGGUGACAACCUGUUCGCCGAGAGCCUGGUCGCGCUCGAUGUCGAGACUGGCCAGCGCGUCUGGCAUUUCCAGAUCCUGCACCACGGGUUGUGGGACUACGAUCUGCCGGCCGCCCCGAACCUGAUGGACCUCACCGUCGACGGCCGGCAGGUGAAAGCGGUCGUGCAGGUGACGAAGCAGGGGUUCGUCUUCGCCUUCGACAGGGUGACCGGCGAGCCGAUCUGGCCCAUCGAAGAGCGCGCGGUCCCAUUGGAUACGGACAUCGAGGGCGAGCUGCCGUCGCCGACACAGCCGUUUCCCACCCGCCCGGCGCCGUUCGAAUACCAGGGCGUGUCGAUCGACGACCUGGUCGAUUUCACACCCGAGAUUCGGCAGAUGGCGAUGACGGCGGUCGCCGACUUCCGCAUCGGUCCGCUCUACACGCCCCACAGCAACGCCGGCACCAUCUUUCGGCCGAGCGCCGCGGGCGGCGCAACUGGGGCGGCGGGUCGGUCGACCCCGAGACCGGCAUCAUCUACAUCCCGUCGCACAACGCCUGGAGCAUCAUGCCUUUGCGAAAGACGACGCCCGAGGACAACGCCACCCUGA